AUGUCAAUUGAUAAACUACCCGGUCCCGCUAGCGAUACCAAGUCUAGACUGAGAAUCGGGAUUCGGUACUACCAGUUCGCCUUACUGUUCUUGACUCUUGUCGUUUCCUUCAUUCUACGAACGAUUCCAUCAGUGGCAAUAAUAUCAAUGACUGCAAAAACACCCCCGGAUGCCAGCGUACCAACAUACCCCGAAUGGGACAACACCGACAUAGUACUCUCGUCGUUCUUUUGGGGCUACAUUAUCCCCCAGAUCGGAGCAGGCCAACUAGGCGAACACUUCGGCCCCAAGUGGUUCCUGUUUGGUACCAUGGUCAUAGGAUCAAUUUUCAGCAUUGCCAUCCCACCAAUGGCCGCCGCCUUUGGUUCCACAGGAGUAAUCGUCUGUCGAGUCAUACAAGGUUUAAACCAAGGCUUCCUAUAUCCCUCAAUCCACAACCUACUAAGCCGAUGGUCACCGUUUUCGGAACGAGCUAGAGUCUCCAAUAUCGUCUACUCUGGUGCUAGUAUCGGAAUUGCGCUUGCUAUGCCCAUAACUGGUACUAUCUCUGAAUCGAAACUCGGCUGGCCAAUAGCGUUUUACUCAAUUGGCGGCUUGGGGGUGGCAUGGGCUCUAGUUUUUGCAAUAUUUGUGGAAAAUUCCCCCGCAAGUCAUAAAAGAGUAACACAAGAAGAGCUGAGGUACAUCCAGGAGAAAAAUGCGGUUGAGUAUGGUACCACCAAGAAAGUACCAACACCAUGGGUGUCUAUAGUGACGUCAAUGCCAGUAUGGGCGAUUUUAGUAGCCGCUUGUGCCCAGUGUCUCGGAGCGUUCACGUUGGUUUCAGAAAUGCCGAGUUACUUAAAUGGGGUUAUGGACUAUGAUAUACGAUCGAAUAGUUUACUGUCGGCGGUACCAUACAUAGCACACGCGAUUGCCGGUGUGUUGGUAUCACCACUAGCCGAUCAGUUAAUUUCGAAGAACAUCGUUAGUAUUACUAGUGUGAGGAAAAUCUUCGGUGCUUUGGCUAUGUAUGUACCCGGGGCAGCUCUCAUAUGGCUCGCGUUUGUUGACAGUACCCAGAAAGAACUAGCUAUAGUACUGUUAGUGGUAGCUGUUGCGUUCACCGCUUUGGUACUGUGUGGUUUCAUGGUCAACAUGAUCGACGUAGCUCCUAACCAUACUGGAACUAUUGUUGGUAUGGCGUAUGGUACUUCCAACGUCUUCUCGCUUUUGGGGCCCAUCAUAGUUAGUUGGUUUGGUACUGACAAGACAGAUACGAUUUUGUGGAGGAACGUCUAUCUCUUAGUUGCUGGGGUAUAUGUGGCAUGUGGUACCUUUUACGCAGUGUUUGCUUCAGCGGAAGUUCAAUCGUGGAACGACUUGGAGGAGAAAAGUGAUUCGUCUUAA